AUGCCGCAGGCUGCAUGUGUUUCUGGCAAAAUAGAAUUUUAUGAAAUGGUACAUCUUCAAAGUCAUGUCUUCCAACAAGAAUUAAAGUUCAAGCAAAAAGUGUUUGUCAGGUUCAACUCCAGCCAUGGUUUCCCCGUGGAGGUUGAUUCGGACACCAGCAUCCUGCAGCUGAAGGAGGUGGUUGCCAAGCGACAGGGAGUUCCAGCUGACCAGCUGCGUGUGAUUUUUGCAGGGAAGGAGCUCAGGAAUGACUUGACACUGCAGAAUUGUGACCUGGCGCAGCAGAGUAUUGUUCAUAUUGUUCAGAGUCCACAGAAGAGUAGGCAGAAAAAGGAUGAGACGGAAGAUAACCAUGCUGGAGGUUUUCUAAAAGGCUUGGAAAGAGAACCUGAAAGUCUAACUCGCGUGGAUCUCAGUGCCAGCAUCCUCCCAUCACUCUCUGAAGGGCUAGCUGUUAUCCUGGAUACUGCAGACAAAAGCAUUUCUCUUCCCUCUGACAAAUCAGGUGCUGCCAGCUACAACAGUUUUUAUGUUUUUUGCAAAAGUUUCUGCCAAGCUGUGAAACCUGGGAAACUGAGGGUCCGCUGCAGUGUAUGUAAACAAGGAACGCUGACUUUGGCACGGGGUCCAUCUUGCUGGGAGGAUGUGCUCAUUCCAAACAGAAUUACAGGUGUUUGUCAGUCCCAAGGGUGCAAUGGAAGCAUAGCGGAGUUUUACUUUAAAUGUGGAGCACACCCAACCUCUGCCAGUGAAACAUCUGUGGCUUUGAACCUCAUUACAACAAACAGUCGCUGUAUCACAUGUGUAACAUGCACAGAUAUUAGGAGUCCUGUGCUUGUGUUCCAGUGCAUGCAUCGCCAUGUCAUUUGCCUCGACUGUUUCCAUUUGUACUGUGUGACUAUGCUGAAUGAUCGUCAGUUCAUCCAUGAUCCUGAGCUUGGUUAUUCCCUCCCUUGCGUAGCUGGCUGUCCAGACUCCUUGAUUAAAGAGCUUCAUCACUUCAGGAUUCUGGGAGAAGAGCAGUACAACCGCUACCAGCGCUAUGGUGCCGAGGAGUGCGUGCUGCAGAUGGGGGGAGUGCUGUGCCCCACUCCCGGCUGUGGAGCAGGCUUGCUUCCGGAACCAGGAGUGAGGAAAAUUGUAUGUGAACCAAGCAAUGCACUAGGCUGUGGGUUUGUGUUCUGCCGUGAAUGUAAAGAAGAGUACCACGAAGGGGAAUGCAGCUCUCUCCUCAGCACACAUGGAGCUGUGGCCCAGAAGGGAUAUGUGGUUGAUGAACAUGCCGCUGCGCAAGCCCGGUGGGAAGAGGCAUCUAGAGAAACAAUCAAGAAAACAACCAAGCCGUGCCCCAGCUGCCAUAUUCCAGUAGAAAAAAAUGGUGGCUGCAUGCACAUGAAGUGUCCUCGCCCUCAGUGCAGGUUCGAGUGGUGCUGGAACUGUGGCCUGGAGUGGAACAGAACCUGCAUGGGGGAUCACUGGUUCGACUAACGGCUCCAUGGCACUGAGGCCAGCUGGUGUCAUAGCUGCUAGCGUUUGCUCUCGUCAGCGUCAAAUUCCGCACUCCUUGUUGAAACAAAGCUCCCAAUGGUUUUAGGGACAAGGAGUUCAGAAGCUGGCCCCAGUUUGUUUGAUUUUGCUUUCUUGCAUAAGAAGUCAUACCAAAAUCACACUGAAGUCAUGCUAAGAGUUUUAAAUCCACUAAGUAAAAAGAGUAAUUGUUUUUAUUGCCAGAUUUGCUCAUCGUCGUACAAAGAGGGGUGCUCCUGCACUUGUGUGUUCUCUCAGUACAGACAACAGACAACAGACAGUGUUACCAUACAGAAAUUUAGUUGACAUUUAUAGUCAGGAAUCCAUAAGGAAAUUUAGUUGACAUUUAUAGUCAAGAAUCCAUAACUCUUACAAGACAGAGAAGCCUGUGUGUGUGUGUGUGUGCGUGUGCGUGUGUGUCAAGGUGGUAGGGGGCAAGGAGGUUCUCUGCAUUAACUACUCUUUCUCUGACCACUCCCUGUCUCAAUCAGAACAAUUUUUGACUUUGAAAAAGUAUUUCUUAAUAACUUUUUGCAGAGGGAAGACUGUGGUUCUUUAGUGUUUUCUCAGGGUUCCUUCCCAACAGGUUUUCUGUAGGGGUCUUGCUUCUAAACCAAACUGUCAUAAAAACAUCCAGCUAAAUGGCAUAUUUUUACUUAUGUAUUUGUAACAUAUGCCAUGGAAUCUGCUUACGUACUCAUAGCUGACCAUGUUACUAUUGCGAGAUUAGUUAAGGAUGAAGUUUCAGCUUUAACUAUGAAUGUUCUUGCCAUGGUAGCUGGGUCUGAGUAAGAGUUAGGCAAGCUAGACUCAUAGGGUUCAAUUUUUGUUGUGCUUACAGCAAAGCUUUGGACAUGGUAAGAGAAGGGAGGAGGAGAUUUCUCAGGGGUUAUUUUCUCCAUCAUCAUUCUCAGAAAUUGAAUUAGAAUAUGGGUAUAUUCCUGAAAAUACAUUAACAGCUCAGACAAUGUGGGACAAGGGACUUCCUUAAUUUUACAAAGUUAACACAGUAAGACAAAGCUUAAUAUCAUUUCUAAGCCUGAACCAUCUUACUGCUCAAUGGGCUUUACAUUGUUGUCUUACUCCAAAAUGAAACAGGUACUGUCCACAUCAGUGCAACGUGUAAGAAUUUGCCCAACUUGGUUUUGGAGAAAAAAGGCACAAUAAAUAAAGUAGUCAAACUUU